AUGGUCAAGUGCGAAAAAUGGGUGACUGUGGAAGCUAUGAAGACCAUCCUGGGUGACCUCCGAUCCGAUGACCAGUUUUCUAUCCUGGACUUCAACCACAAUGUCCGUUGCUGGAGAGAUAAUUUGGUUCAAGCCUCCAAAAUGCAGAUAGAUGCAGCCACGAAUUACGUUGAGGGAAUCCACCCCAAUGGAGGAACCAACAUCAACGAUGCCCUUCUCCGGGCCAUCUUUAUUUUAAAUGAAGCCAACACUUUGGGGAUGCUAGAUCCAAGUUCUGUCUCCAUGAUAAUACUGGUUUCAGACGGAGACCCAACUGUCGGAGAACUAAAGCUGCCAACGAUUCAGAAAAACGUGAAGAAGCAUAUCCAGAAUGACAUCUCCUUGUUCUGUCUUGGAAUCGGCUUUGAUGUGGACUAUGAUUUUCUGAAGAGGUUGGCGACUGAAAACAAUGGAGCCGCGCAACGGAUCUUUGGGAAUCAAGAGACCUCUUCCCAAAUGAAGAAAUUCUACAACCAGGUUUCCACCCCACUUCUCAAAAAACUGGAGUUCAACUAUCCCGAAGGAGUCGUGUCCGAUGUAACCCAGAGCACCUUCCAGAACUAUUUUGGAGGGUCAGAGAUUGUGGUAUCGGGAAAAGUCGACACUGAAAAUGUGCAGCAUUUACAGAGUGUGAUAACAGCCACAGCAUCCAAUGCACAACUGAUCUUGGAGAUUCUGGCAGAUGUUGAGGGACUGGAUGACUUCCUGAGCAAGAAUAAAAACGCCGAUCCCAAAUUCACGGAAAAGUUGUGGGCCUACUUGACCGUCAACCAACUCAUGGCUGAAAGAAACGUGGCUCCCACCGCCUCCUUGAAAAGAAACAUCACCAAGGCCAUCUUGCAGAUGUCGCUGGACCAUCACAUCGUGACCCCCUACACAGCUAUGCUCAUUGAGAACCCAGAUGGGGAGGAGCUGAUGCUGGCCGACUCCCCGCAGGACCGCAAGAGGGCCUGCUGUCCAG